UCUCAUCUCUAGUGCGGUACUGGCCGAGCUCCAUUUGUUCUUGCUCCUGCUACAGGAAAAGUUUGGCCUGUGACAGAACAGACGGAGAGGGUUUUCCCCAAGAGCUAGGUAGGAUGCAGGGCGCCGGCGUGGAGGGGAGGAGCAGGGGCUCGCCGUCGGCCAUGGACAAGGCCGACGAGAGCGCCAAGAAGGCGCGGCUGGACCUGCCCGACGGCCACCUCGUGAAGCAAGAGCUCGUCGCGCACAACGCGGCGGCCGGAGGAGGCGCCAUCGUUGCGGUGGCGGAGCACAGCCCGAGGGCGGAGCUCGCGGUGAAGAUCGACAUGUGCGUGCUCCACUGCCCGCUCUGCACCCUCCCCUUCAAGCCCCCCGUCUUCCAGUGCAAGGGCGGCCACCUGGCGUGCGGCGGGUGCCUGGCCCAGCAGCCCUCCGGCCAGUGCGGGGCGUGCACGGACGGCUGCGGCUUCUUCGACCCCUGCCCCGCGCUGGACGCCGUCGUGUCCUCCACCAGGAUCGAGUGUCCCAACGCCGGCUGCCAGAGGUAUGUCACCUACCACGAGGCCGACGAGCACCGGAGCGCGUGCCCGCACGCGCUCUGCCGCUGCACGGAGCCCGGCUGCGUCUUCGUCGGUGCGGCGACGGAUCUCGCCGGCCACCUCAGCGCCGCCCACUCGGUGCCGGUGCGCACCAUCCACUACGGCAAGGUGAGCCGGUUCCAGGUGCCUGUGUCGACGCCGCGGCUGCUGCUGGUCAACGAGGACGACGGCCGCGUGUUCGUCCUCACCGUGGGCGCGCUCGGCGCCGCGGCGACCGCCCUGUCCGUGGUCUGCGCCAGGGCGAGCGCGGCGACGCGGCCACGAUUCACGUGCAAGAUGUGGGUGAACCUGGCGGCGUCGGCGGUCGCGAACGGCGGCAAGGCGGACGUCGUGCUGGUGGAGAUGCAGAUGAGGAGCAGCACGUCGCCCGGCGCCGUGGUCGCCGCCGGCGAGCCGACGUUCCUUGCGGUGCCGCAGGUGUACCUGGUCCCAGGAGCGGACGGGGGCGCCAUGGAGAUGCCCCUCAACGUCCGCAUCGACAAGACUUCGCCUUGGUCCGACUGAUUGACUGAGCGUGGUCUACUCUUGAUGGCAAUUGAAGCUUAAUAUUAUUGAGAUGCAGCUGAAACUAUCUGGAUGUGAUUGAAGACGAUUGUAUGAGUUGAGCUACAAGACAACUUAUGUCAAGAAACGUACUUUGUGUGUGCCUUUCUACCGUCAGAAAAUCAGACGUAUGCUAUCUGAUACUAGAACUUUUACUUUUCUGCAUGGUA